ACGCGACAAACUUGGCGGAUUAUGUGCUUGUAGGGUUUUAAAUAUCUGAAAUUUUAAUCAUAACGGCUGCAUCACUGUAGAUAGCAAAUGCACCAAAAUGCACGUGUAGUUUUUCGAGUCGCUUCUUCCUUCGUGAUCAUAGAGUUGCCUUUUGAUUUAAUCUCAUCGUUUAUUAUUUUUAUUUUUAUAAUGACGAAGAAAAUGUUAAAGAGAAAGCAAAGAGAAAAUGUGGAGGAAGAAGAGAAAGAAGAAAAGCCAAAAAUGAAGAGAACAUCAGACGAACCUGCCGUUAAAAAGGUGAAAUGGAUCAAUAGACAGCGAGUGUUGGUGUUUGCCACCCGAGGUAUUAAUCACAGACAUCGUCAUCUCAUGGAGGACUUAAAAAUGUUGAUGCCACAUCACCGUCCAGAAUGCAAAAUGGAACGCUCUAAAAAUUUACGAGUAGUGAAUGAGAUAUGUGAGAUGAAGAAUUGUAAUAAAGCUAUUCUAUUUGAAGGUCGAAAGAAACGUGAUCUUUACGUAUGGUUUGCUAAUAUAUCUGCUGGUCCAAGUGCAAAAUUUCUCGUAGAAAACAUUUAUACAAUGGGAGAGCUGAAAAUGACAGGAAAUUGUUUGAAAGGAUCCCGACCAUUACUAUCAUUUGACGAAACUUUUACUACACAGGUGCAUUAUAACCUCUUGAAGGAACUAUUGACACAGAUCUUUGGUGUGCCGAAUCAUCAUCCUAAAAGUCAGCCAUUUUUUGAUCAUGUAUAUACAUUCAGUAUUCUGGACAAUAGAAUAUGGUUCCGAAAUUAUCAGAUUUUAACAGAGGACGGUGCAUUAGCCGAAAUUGGUCCAAGAUUUGUCCUAAAUCCAGUUAAAAUAUUUGAUGGAAGUUUUGGUGGAAAUACAUUAUGGGAUAAUACUCAUUAUAUCUCUCCUGCGAAGUAUCGACAAGCAUUGACAAAGAAGGCUGCUAAUAAAUACAUAAACCGAGUGGAACAGAAAAUGGUGCGACAGGCAACUAAACCUGAAUCAUCUUAUAUGCUUAAUCCCAUUGAUGAGAUAUUUAAAGGCGAUUUAAUGGAGAAAGCAAUGGAAAUAGAAAAUAAGUCUGAAAUAUUGGACAAUAGGGAAAAUGUGGAAAAAUCUGUGAAAAGUAAAGUGAAAAAAAUAAGAAAACCCGUGAUAACUAAAAAAGUUAAGAAAUUAAAAUCUGUCAAAAAAUCUGUAAAAUCAAAAGCUUUGAAAAAGAAGAAGGCGAAAUAAAUGUUAUUAUUUUGU